AUGAUGCGUGCGGCCAAAUAUUACGGCAAGGAAGACGUUAGGGUUGAGCAGGUGCCUAUUCCUCAACCUGGGCCUGCUCUGGCGCUAGUGGAGAUCGAAUGGUGUGGAAUAUGUGGUUCCGACCUACAUGAGUUUAUAACUGGACCUGUGGGUAUUCCAAAACCCGGCUUUCCACACCCUCUCACAAAUGAAACACUGCCGAUCAUCUGGGGUCAUGAAUUCUGCGGCACAAUCAAAUCCGUUCCACCCGGCAUUAAUCUGAAAGUGGGCCAAGCCGUUGCUAUAGAUCCACGAUUAAUCUGUGGGACUUGUGGUCCUUGCAACAACCAUGCUGACCACGGAUGUCACAAACUCGGAUUCAUGGGUGUCUCUGGUAGGGGAGGAGGGUUUUCGGAGUUUGUGGCCGUCGAACCAAGCAUGAUUCAUCCGCUACCAAAAGACAUGCCCCUGGAGUAUGGCGCUAUUCUGGAGCCCCUCGCUGUGGCCAAUCAUGCUGUAAAGAUGGCAGGUAAUCUCCCGUGGGAUAACUCUACUGUCUUGAUCCUAGGUUCAGGGCCUGUUGGUAUAGCACUGAUCCUAUGCCUGAAGGCAUAUGGAGUUCGAAGAAUCAUAGUAUCAGAGCCCACGAUGAAACGAAGGCAGCAGGUAGAAGAUAUAGCUGAUACCGUGAUUAAUCCAAUGACGGACGAAGUUGAGGGAACUUGCCGGGUGACGACUGAAGGUCAAGGAGUCGAUGUUGUUUUUGAUUGCGCCGGCGUACCUCAAGCUCUUAACCAGGCUUUCCGGGCAAUCAAAGUCCACGGAAUGUAUGUGAAUGUGGCUAUCUGGGAAAAACAAUUUGAAAUACCGUUCGGUGAUUUUAUGUGGAAACAUAUUACAGUCCUGCCUUCCAUGGCCUACAAUGCAGAGGACUUCCGCGAGGUUGUAAAAAUGGUAGCUGAAGGCCAAUUGGUAGGGUAUGAAAACAUAGUGACAGCUCGGAUUUCGCUGGAGGACAUCGCGAGCGAAGGCCUUUGGGAGCUCAUCAGAAAUAAGGACCAGCACAUCAAAAUACUAGUUACCCCCAAGUCUCAUCUCUUGCACUAG